AUGUCCCUUGAGGGCGAACUUCUAGAAAAGAACACGGAUUGGAUCUACGAAUGGAGCUCGCCGGACCAGGCGCCGCCAAAAGACUGGAAAUUUAAGCAUCCCUUGGGCAGUAAGAGGAAAACAUACAGCAUCCGCACCGCAAAGGUUGGCAAAAACGGAUUGUUUUCCAAGGAGGUCAUUUACACCCUAUUCUUUACGAAUCUUUUGUCUCUGCUCAUCGGCACCGGUCUAGGCGUUUUGCUCACUAGGCGGAGCUUGAUGAUGUCCCGCGUCGCCAUUGAGUGAAGAAGAUGAUUCUGGGGUGUGUCAGCAUCAGGAUUUGGUCACGGUUGAAUCUGACACGGUGGGAAAGGCUAGAGAUGCAAGAAAGACUGAACAAGUCGGUGGGCGAUCGAGCCUAAAAAACAGUAAACACGCAGCACAUAAUUCGAUUGUCCCGAUUUAUAAUAUUAGCACUUUGUAUUAUAAAAGUUAUGUAAUAUUUUCAUCGGUGAAAAAUUCCGUUAUUUUGAA